AUAUCCCAUCCCCACUCCCCGUUCCUCUCCCCUUCCCUCGCCACCCAGGAAGCGUUCCGCCGCCCUCUUUCGUCCAUCCCUCUGAAACUCUUCAGUCAUGGACAUUGCCUUCGACACCACCUGGUGUCCAACCUGUUCUCGCCAAAUACUUCCAAAGCGCAUACAGGUCCCCGUCAAUGCACCUGUCCCGGCGCCCACUGACGAUCAGUCCCAACCAUUGCAGCAGGCUGCCCCUGCUCCUCCGCCGACGACGCCCACAGCUCCGGCAAAGGGCGCCAUCACCCGCACAAAGACUGGCACCAUCCGUGCGCGCACCGCCGGCGGGCUUGUGCACGGCACAGGGCGCGUCAAGCCCAAUGGCGCUAUCCGCCGCUCUCCUCUCCAAAAGUCCACUACCGCUACCGCCGCGACCAAGGACACCAAUGCGCCCCCGUCGCCGACCACGGCGGCCCCACCGCCGUCACCCACCACACCUACUACUGUCCGCCACAAGACGGUCAUCGACCAGUCGCCAGUGCCUCUCUACUGCUCUGACGAGUGCCGCCUUGCGGACCUCCAGAGUAGUUCAGUCGAACGUGGCCGGAGCCCGACGCUCCCGCCUGUCCCGCACAACUCCUUCGUAGGAGGCUCGACGGACAGUGAAAGCAGUUUGGGAACUGUUUCGGGCAGCAGUGUCGAGAGCGAGGGGAUCAUUCACGUCGCGAUCAAGGCUGUCGGCGCGACAGCCUCCACUUCGUCUGCCUCCUACCAGGAGCAGAAGGAAACCAAGAAGGCCAAAAAGACCUUCGACGAUCUUUCGUACCCCGUGCCGGCCGGCUAUGCUCGCCUGGCUUCCGUCUACGACCUUCCGCCACCACCACCACCCCUCAUCCGCUCGACAACGGCUUCGUCUACAGCAUCGAAGGACUCUGUCUCGUCGAUCCUCACUAUCGACUCGGUUGACCACGAAGAGGACCGUCGCUGCAACGAUGAGUUCUACCGCAAUCGCCCUGAGGAUUACAGCUCAGGGAUCAUGAUGGCCGCGAAGCGCAUAAAGGAGGCCGUCGAGCGGCCUAAGGAGAAGAAGCGACCGAGCUGGUCGACACCCGCCGGCGUGCUCUCGACGGCGUAUGCUCUGAACACUGCUGCUCAAGGCACCCGCCGGGUUAUUCCCGGUUGGACCGAUGGCUCUGACCGAUGGCGCGCGAGUGUGUACUCUCUUUCUGCUCCUUCCCGCGGCGAGUCUCUCGGCGAGGAAGAGGAGCGCAUCCGCGACCUCUACUCCAACAAGGGCUUCGUCUCGACUCCGCUGCGGUCAAAGGGUGUCUACUCCACUCUCGGCGAAUCUUCGGCAUCAUGUUCGAACGUUGCCAGCUCUUCCGCCUCCGUCUCGAGCUCGAGCACAGGCGUUGUCGGCUCUCGCUCCCGUAGUGAGGCCGAGGAGCUGUACUCCAAGUUCGGCAUGAACUUCGCGAGGCGCGCCGAUGCCCGGAUGUCCCGCUCGCACCAGUCGAGUAACAUGCCGGCGUCGCAUCAUCACCAUCACGGCAAGCACUUUCACGCGCACCUACCUUCUUCGCCCACCGGAUCCAUUCGCUCGCUUCCCACCAUUUCGGCAUCGGCGCCCGUCGUCCGUAAGCGCGAGGUGCCCAUUCUCAAGAAAGGCGCCGAGGGCAAGCUCCUCGUGCCUGAUGUCAAACUCAAGCGCACCGAUUCGUCGGCCAGCUUCGCCGCGUCCUCCAACGUAAUGGACGUCGUCGGCGAAGUCUGCGAGGAGUGCUGCGAGGGUUACGACGGCUGUCCGUAUGAUGGCAGAAAAAUCGUGAAGGAUGGAGGGGGAAUCACAGUUGAACAAGCUGACGGUAUUGACAAUGCGAGGUCCUGGUAUGGUAGAUGAUCGAAAGCGAAGCUCGAGAUGACAACAGAAAACAGGAAUGAGAGCAAUAAAAGUACAAUAUUUACAGAGCUUGCGACGAAGCCUGGAGUUCAUUGUUGACAAUGAUGAUGCGCGUGACGAGAAUUCAAGAGGCGCGGUCCGAAGAUUAGGGUAUAGUCAGCAGGCGGGUAUGAGCGACGAGAGCGGCGAGCGAGCGAGAGCAAAUGAUGCUAGACGAGGGCGGGGGAUCGCGACAGCGGGAGGCAGAUUAGGGAGUGUGUGCGUGCGUGAUAUGGAUAAUGAUACAUGAUGAUACAAGUCGCGUGAUGGCGUCGAUGACGGUGGGGGUAUCGAGAUGGAUGGUAUAGGUGACAGUGAGAUGCCUCAGUACUGGCGCGACGCCGAAGGGAACAUGAACAGCCGCUUGCGCUCGCGAGGAACCUUGACUUCGAUUUCAACUUCGCGCUCCUUGCCGUCGGGGCCAACUUCCUUGACAAUCCUCUUCUCGAUCUUUGGAAGAUCGAGGAUAGGGUAGAGGAGCUGGUCGGGCUUAUAAUUCCAGUGCACAGGAUCCGUCUGGGAUGCUGUGAGAGU